CGCCACCAACCCGGAAGUAAACAAUGUAAAGAAUGGAGAGAGCGAACAAACAGGCUGGUUAUUUUAUUAAAUAAAUUAAUAAAUGAAAAUAAGGAGCCUGACGGGAUUCCUGCAGCUUUAUAAGAAAAGUCAUGAUGCCCGUUCGGAGCAAUUCAGCCAUUGGGGGAAUCUCAAACAAUAAAGUGAAAUACUCCAGACUUGCGAACAGCGAUGAAGGUUACAUCGAUCUGCAGUUUAAGAGAAGUCCACCGAAAGUUCCAUACAAGGCCAUCGCUCUGGCGACGUUCCUCUUCCUGGUCGGGUCUUUACUAAUUAUUAUCGGCUCUCUGCUCCUCACCGGAUACAUUCAUGUUGAGAACCCAGACCGGACGAUUCCCGUGCUCAUCAUCGGCGUGCUCGUCUUCCUUCCUGGCUUUUAUCACUUGAGGAUCGCCUACUACGCCUCCAAAGGUUACCGCGGCUAUUCCUACGAUGAUAUUCCAGAUUUUGACGACUGAUCCUGAUUCGUGUCGUGACGCCGUUAUUACACAAGCCGCAUGGCACCUUUUUUUCGCCUGAGUUUUACUUCCUGUGGUUGAGCACACGCCUGCUGCUUCGUAUAUCCAUCCAGUAUAAUCAUCGCAAAUAUACUCUGAUAUGCAAAAUAGAGUUUUGCACUCCAUACAGUACUGUACAAAAGUCUUCGGCACCCUUUUGAUUUUUAUUUUCAUACAAACUUUGUCUAUUUUAUGACUUCUACAUUAUCGAGCUAAAACAUUACAAAAACAUUUUAGAGUUCCAAAUGUUCAUUUUUUCCAGCACAAAAUUAAAUGAUACAGAAAAAAAAUAUAUAUCUGAGCAGCAUAUUACCACUUUUAAGAAACCACUUUUCAGAUGAAAAAAGAAAACAUAAUGAAGGCUGCUGGGUUUUGGUGCAAAAUGAAGAAGCGAGUGUGACAGUCAAAGUGUCCAGAAGAAUUGGGGCUGGUUCUGGAAGAUGCUCAGUAAAACCUACAGAUCAUUUCCACAUAAAACUGCACUCACUGGACCUGAGAUUACUAUUUUAUUUUAUUUUAUUUUUUAUUUUUUUAAACCAAAGGGUCGUCGCACACCAAAUAUCGACUUUGUUUCAUUUAUUACGGCUUAUUGAUUACUGUUUAUCGUAUUUUUUAAAAAUGUUGAAACAUUUCAUUUCCUUUUUUAAAGCCAGUUUUGGUCGACAGCAUUUUUUUUACAUGUGCCUAAGACUUUUGUACAGCACUGUAUAAAAAGCCAAAAGAAAUGCCUUUGUAUGUUUGUUUUAUGUUCUAUAUUUCUGUAUGAUGUGAUGUGUACAUAGUUAAAAGAAAGUAUUAUAGUAUAUUUAAACUAUUUUUAUGAUAUUGCUGUGGUUUGAAAAUAAUAAAUUUGUGUGCCUUGCUUUGUUUGCUUGUGCUUAUAUCAUGUAUCAUACCUACUACUGGUGCACAUUUUAUACAGUAUGGUUGAGUGCAAAAGUUUGUGCUCCCUGUCAGUACUGAGAAACUAUGAAAAUGUAUUGCUCAUUUGCAAUUUAUCAAAAAAAAGUAAAUAAUGUUAAAAAUAAAA